GGCAAAGCCUCAGUUACACAAAAGCAAAGAAAGGCAUUGAGGAGUGAUCAGAUCAGCAGAGUAGAAAUAGUUAACAGCAUUUGCUGAAGAAGAUGAAGUUGAGCAGUUCUUCUAUGGGUAACAAUAAAAGAAGGUUGUCAAGCAGAGGAUUAGGAGGAGGUCUGCUCCGAAAGCAGAGGGGUAGGCUUUACAUAAUUAGGAGAUGUGUAGUCAUGCUCCUCUGCUGGCAUGAUUGAAGUGGGCUGGAGAUGACCUUCCCUGUGCUCUGGUCAUCUUAAUUCUUCUUCACUAGUCGCCGGGAUGGUCGACGACGCCUUUCCCUCCCUUUUUUUGAGUGUAAAUAGCAGAAGGCGGAUGUUAAGUAGAAUAUUACGGACUUUUGUAACAGCUUGCUCCUUUGGGCAUUUCUUUGUACACUGAAAAUGCUUAAUUAGAAGAUCCAUUUCUGUUUGACAAAA